AUGGAGAUCUGGUUCAUCAUCACUAUUACAUGUCUUUGCCUUUCAUAUAUUCUCAAAGUCAUUCAUAACCUCCUAUUUCCCCAUACUCCACUCCCUCCAGGGCCUCACAAAUUGCCCAUCAUUAGCACCUUUUCAUUGCUGCACCAAUUCACUAAAGAUCCUAAAACACUUCUUCAAAAUCUCCAUGCCAAAUAUGGUUCAAUCUUCACUCUUCACAUAGGCUCUGACACAGACAUUUUCAUUGCCAACAGAUUCCUUGCACAUCAAGCAUUGAUCCAAAAUGGCACCAUCUUUGCAGAUCGUCCCAAGGCCAUUCCCACAAAAAAGAUCAUUAGCAGCAACCAACAUGACAUUCUAUUCAGCUUCUAUGGCCCCGUUUGGCGCCUCCUUCGACGCAACCUCACUUCAAGAAUCCUUCACCCAUCACAGGUCAAGUCCUACGCACCUGCCCGCAAAUGGGUGUUGGACAUGCUCCUAGAACGCCUCAAAUCUUCAUCACAUGAUGGAAACUCCACAAGAGUCAUUGACCAUUUUCAACAUGGCAUGUUCAGCUUGCUGGUUUUGAUGUGUUUAGGAGACAAAUUGGAUGAGAAGCAAAUACAGGAAAUUGGGGAUAGUCAACGUGUUAUGCUUUUGAGCUUUUCCAGGUACAAUGUUUUGAACUUUUGGCCUCCAAUUACUAGGAUAUUGUUCAGGAAUCGGUGGAAGGAGUUCUUGCAGCUAAGAAGAGACCAGGAGGCUGUGUUGAUUCCUUAUAUUAACGCGCGAAGGAAAGCCAAGGAAGAGAGACAAAGCAAUGGUAGAGAUGAGUUUGUUCUGUCAUAUGUGGAUACUUUGUUGGAUUUUGAAGCAUUGGAGGAGGAAGAGAAAGGGAUAAAACUGGAUGAUGGUAAAAUUUGUACCUUAUGCUCAGAGUUUCUAAAUGCUGCAACAGAUACUACUUCAACAGCAUUGGAAUGGGUCAUGGCAAACUUGGUGAAAUACCCGGAUAUACAAGAAAGGCUUGUGGAGGAAAUUAGAGGGGUCAUGGUUGGUAGAGAGGAGAAUGAAAUCAAGGAAGAAGAUUUGCAGAAGUUGCCAUAUCUCAAAGCUGUGAUCUUGGAAGGUUUGCGGCGCCACCCGCCACUACACUUUGUGGCUCCUCAUAGAGUAACAAAGGAUGUUAUUUUGAAUGGCUUUUUGGUGCCUACCUAUGCCUCUAUUAAUUUCUUGGUUGCAGAGAUUGGGAGAGAUCCAACAGCUUGGGAUGACCCUUUGGCCUUUAAGCCAGAAAGGUUCAUGGACAAGAGUGAGCAAAAUGGAGGCACAGGUUUUGAUAUAAUGGGAAGCAAAGAGAUAAAGAUGAUGCCAUUUGGGGCAGGGAGGAGAAUGUGCCCUGGCUAUGGUUUGGCAUUGCUGCACUUAGAGUACCUUGUAGCCAAUUUGGUUUGGAAUUUUGAGUGGAAGGCUAUGGACGGAGAUGACAUUGAUCUGUCAGAAGAGCUGCAAUUCACAGUGGUGAUGAAGAGUCCUCUGAAAGUUCAAUUAUUACCCAGACUUUAGUUAUUUUCAGUCAUCGGUAUCAUUUUGCUCAUAACAAAAAAUCUGCCAUUGUUUAAGGUGUAAAUUUCCAAACUUCUGAAGUCUUUACAUUGGUCAUG